CACCAGGCCACUACAGUUACCCGGAGGUGCACCCCCCAGCCCCGCCCCCCAACCCCCGUCCCCGGCCUCCGCGGCCCUCCCCGCCCUUGCCUCCCCCAGAGAGGGGCGAGAAAGAGUGGCAUCACCGGCCGAGACUGCCCCAGCCUCCCCGACGGCCGUGGGGUAACCUGACGACUGAACUGGGCCGCUUCCGCGGCACGGUACAGGACCUGGAGCGUCACUUGCGAACCCACGGCUACCCGCUGCGCGCCAACCAGACUUACGCGUCGGUAGCGCGCCACAUCCAUGAGUUCUUGAAGCGCCAUCAAACAGCGGGUGCCCCAGCAUCCCAGCCACGUCACCCACACCCCACCACUAGUUCCACCCAAAGCACCAGGAAGCGGGACUCGGAUCAGGGUGCUGUGGGCCCAGCAUCGGAUGGUGCAUACCCGGUGACUGCAGCGCGCCACCCGAAACCCGAGGUGCUGGGCAGUGCAGCUGACGGCUCGCUGAUUGUGUCCCUGGACGGGCUCCGGGGUCAGUUCGAGCGCGUGGUGUUGCGCUGGCGGCCACUGCCACCGGCCGAGGGCCCCAGCGGGGAGCUGACUGUGGAUGGUUCGGAACGCACUGUCCGCUUGCCCAACCUCAGGCCCGGCACUACUUACCACGUGGAAGUCCAUGGGGUACGGGCAGGGGAGACUUCCAAGUCCUACGCCUUCAUCACCACCACCACCACCACAGGGUCCUUACCCUCUGGCCUCUUGGAGGCUACCGAUGAGCCUCCUCCCUCAGGCCCCUCUACGACCCAAGGGGCCCAGGCUCCUAUCCUGAUCCUGGAGCACCACCCUCUGGGAGAGUUGAAGGUGCUGGGCAGGGACAAGGCAGGGCGCCUCCGAGUGGCCUGGACUGCCCAGCCCGACAGCUUUGCCCACUUCCAGCUGCGCAUGCAGGUGUCCGAGGGGCCUUGGGAGCACGAAGAACUGCUGCCAGGAGACGUCCACCAGGCUUUGGUGCCCCCACCCCCUCCCGGAGCCCCCUACAAGCUAUUCCUCCAUGGGAUCACCCCUGGGGGGGAGCUCUCUGUUCCUAUCACCUACCAAGGCAUUAUGGGUACAUUCUUGACUGUGUUGGGAGCUGUGCCCUGCGACUGGGGUAGGGGCUGGGGCCAUCUCAGGACUCUAGAAGUAGGACAGCACUUAAGGCGCCAGGGAAGGGCAGGCCUGACUGGAAGAUAAAAGAAAGCAAAGGAGAAAAAAAAAAGUGAGAGUUCAGAGGGGAGGCAAACAGAAGAAGCAUCACAAGGACAGUCUGCCAUGGAGUCUGAGGUGGCAUGGUGACCCGUCCAGGAGGGUCUAUGUGUGCCUCACUUCCUGGUUGUCCCUCUGCUCUGCCCUGGUCCUAGGAUGGGGCUCUCAGAUGUAUUUUC